UGUUCCACCAUUACUCCAAACUAAUGUAAAUUUAUAUUUAAUUUAAUAUUUAAGUAAUAGAUGAAAAUAAAAUAAAUAAAUGUUUCAAAAUCAAUAAUUAUACAUCACAUUUAAAUAUAAAGUUUAAAAAUGUUUAAGAGUUUAUGCCGAAGCAGUGUAUUGUGUAAAUGCAUUCGUUCCUAUGUCAGGUAAUCAAUGAUGUAAAAUAUACUCUUAAUAUCAUAUAUUUUAAUUGAUUGAGUAUAAUAUAUUAAAUAUUUAAGUUAUAUAAAUACACUAUAAUAAUAACAAGAGCUAGUUAUAUUUUUAUAAAUUAUAAUUAGAUUGAUAGAAGUUGGCCAGUUAACUUUACCAAAAUCCAUUGAAAAGUAUGAAACUGGUCAGUUAUUUUUUCAUCGAAUAUUUGGAUACAGAGGAGUGAUAUUAUUUCCAUGGUUAGCCAGAGUAUACAAUCGUGAUGUUGUUAAUAAAACAGAAAAGUAAGUCUUCUUAUAUAUAACUAACCAAUUAUAAUAAUGAUAUAAGAAAAUGUAUUAGUUUAAUAUAUGAUUUCCAUCAUCUCUAUGAAAUAUUUACUAUAUUAUUAUAUUUUUUUUAUUAUAGUACUGUAGGAAAAGACGUCAAAGGAAAAACGCAUACAUUUUAUCAAACCCUGAUUGAUGAAAGAGAUUGUCCUUUUAUAGUAAUUAAAUUAAGAUAACUAUCCAAAUAAAAAAUAAGAAUAGUUAAUUAUUUUAUAUUACAAUAUAGAGAGCACAAACAGAAGCUGUUACAUUUCUUGGUAAUCAAGAUACUAGCCGUAGUUUAUAUGCAAUACCUGGAUUAGACUAUGUAGCUCAAGAAGAUAUUCUUCCAUAUACUGCAACUGAAAAACAACCUUUACAGCAUGAGCUUUUUGAUAAAUUUCUCAUGUACUAUCCUAAUAAAGGUAUACUAUUUCUGUUUAUUGUAUAAUAUUUCAAAUAAUUUACAGUCUUAAUUAAAAUUGUUGAAUAUUAUAAAAUGUGUUUCUUUUAUGUGAUAAGAGAAUUCAAUUAAGACUUAAAGAUAAGUUCUACAAAAGUAUGGUAAGACUAAUUAUGUUGUAUGGUUUUUGAUUGUUAAGUAGUAGACAGAAAAAUAGAACAGAAUGUAGCAGAGAUGAGAAUGCUUAGGUGAAUGAGUGGAAUGACAUGAGGAGUUAGAAAUAGGAUACAUAAAAGGUAGCUUGAGUGUGGCUUUAAUUGUAAAGAAAAUGAACUGAAAUGAUUUGAACAUAUCAAUGACAUUUCAGAGUUGCCAUCUAUCCUCUUUUCACCUGGAUAGUCCGGUUUUACACAUAUAAAUCUACGGAAUCUUUUAUUGACAUUUUUUUUUGGCCUUACAUAUCACGGGAAGAGAUAAAUCUGAAGCAGUAAGAACUAUAACAAAAAUAAACUUGGUAGAAAAAGUGACUAUAAUAUGAUUUCAUUGAGAGUUUUAUGAGGAAAGUUGUUGUAUGCAAGGUGAGAGAUCGGGUCAAGUGGAAGUUAGAAUGAGGGUGACCAACCACAAAUAGUUGAGAUGAAGGCAAAGGAGAAUAAAAAGAAAACGAAUUAAUACAAAUUAUUAUAUUACUUCAAUUCAAUGCAGAUCCACCUUUUGGGGCACAAGAAACAUUGCGUUCAUGGCAAAAAAAAAAUCAUCCUUGGUUGGAAUUGUCAGAUGUUCAUAAAGAAACUACAGAAAAUAUUAGAGUUACAGUAAUACCAUUUUACAUGGGAUAUAGAGAAUCUCAAACAAAUUCUGUUUAUUGGGUAAUUUGUUAAACUAUUUCAGUUAUUAUAUAUUAAUAACCUAUAAUAAUCUAUUAAUUAAUUAUUUUAUGUUCAGUGGAGAUAUUGUAUACGAUUAGAAAAUUUGGGUGAACAAAGUGUUCAAUUGAGAGAGCGUCAUUGGAGAAUAUUUAGUUUAUCCGGAACAUUAGAAACUGUUCGUGGAAGAGGAGUAGUAGGGCAAGAACCUGUAUUGUCAAAAAAAUCCCCCGCAUUUCAAUAUAGUAGUCAUGUGAGCUUACAAGCACCUAGUGGUCACAUGUGGUAAGUUAUUAUGAAAUCAUAAUUAGAUAUACUCUAUCUGAGAAGUUGAAAUAAAAUUAUUUAUUAAGAACAAUAUUUAUGCAUUUAUAAUGUUUAUGAAACAUUAUACAUUUUACAUUAUUAUUUCAAAAAUAUAAUCUAGUUAAACUAAUGUUUAUUAUGGGUGCCUAGUUAUUUUUAAAUUUUUAUAUUUACAAAAAUAAAUUAAGUUUCAAAUUACUGUUGUUUCCAUUAAAAAAAUAUUAAUGAUGUCCUUUCAAGACCUAAAUUUUAUUUUCAUUAAGUCUGAAAUGUAUGAUUUGUCUAAGACCUAAUGACUAAGUUUUAAUUUCAAACAUUUACUAAUUAAACCUUUUUAAUAUGCAUGUACAUAAAGAAUUUUAUUUUGUACAAGCCUCUACUGUAUACACUAUACCCUGUCUUCCUUAAGAGUAUACCCGUUUGUGCACACUUGACUGAUUGUUGAAUGUUGCCUAACCCCCUACUUUAUAGAUCGGAAACAAUUGUUACUGAUAGUAUGCCACACACUGCCAUCAUGUAUACAUUGAUUUAUAAUAUCUAUAAUACCUAUUGCCAAAUAAAUCAUAAUAUACACGCAUACCUAUACUGUUUCAUUUAAAUUAACAGGCACCAUAGACAAAUUACAUUACUUAACAUGUAAAUUGUAGUGUUUAUUCAAAUUAAAAUAGAGCAUUUGUGUUAGAAAAUACACGUACGCAGUAAGGCCUUUAAAACAAAAUGUCAUUAAUAAUUUGUUCUUUAUGUAUGCCGUAUACCAUGUGUAUUGUGACAAUUUUUGUUAUUUAUAGGGGAACUUUUCGAAUGGAACGCGAAGAUGGACAUUUAUUUGAUUGUCGCAUACCUCCAUUUUCACUUGAGAGCAAACCAGAUGAUAAGGUUACAUUUAAUACUGUAUAAAAACAAUUUUAGUGAUUAUAGAAUUUAUAUUUAUUAAAAUUAGUUUUGUUUAAAAAUCCACAAUAUCAGUUUCUAGACCGUUAAAUGUUGGGUGAUCCAUUCCUAAGCAACUGGUGAUUGAUUCAUCUUCCCCAUGUGGACAAUCGUCCUGGAGAUCGCAUACCCAUUGCCGAGGUAUACAACUGCGAGCAUUAUAUGUAUUAUAGUUAUUCAAACACUGGAAAAAUAAAUAAAUUAUACAAUAUUAAUAAAAAAUAAUAAUAAUAAUAACAAUAAUAAUAAUAAUAAUUUGUUGAUAUGAUAUAUAUAUUUUCUUUACUCUAUAUUCUGUAAACUCAUCACAAUGUGAAUUCCAGUUGUCACAAACACGUUCAUCAGAUCCAUCAGCACAGUCUUUAAUACCGUCACAAACUGCACGGAGAGCUAUACACCCUGUUCCUUGCCAACAUUUAAAGUUAUUUUUACUCAAACAUGUUUGGUCUUCUCGAGAAUUGAAAUCACCAAAUCCUGGUCUCAGACCUCCAUAUGUUCGGCCACAAUUGAAUUCAUUCUCAUCCCACCUAUUUUUUAAAUAUAAAAUAAAUUUAUUUUUUGAUUAGUUGAACAAAUAUUUUAUAAACCAAAUUGCCAGUUUUCUACUUGCCCAUCAUCACAAUCUACUCUUCCAUCACAUAACCAAGAGUUGGGUAAACAAACCGACAUCCUUCGAGAACGACAUCGAAACUCAUAUUUUUUACAUAUACCACGGUUAUAAUACCAAUUAUCAUUAUUGUUGUAUAAAUUAUUGUUAUAUUCACCACUAUCUAUAUCUGUAUCAGUGUAGCAGUUAUAUUCGUCGUCACCUUCUAUAAUAGUUAAAAAAUAUAAAAUAUAGUAUAAAUUUAAUUUUAUAAAAUUAUAAUAAAGUAUUUAAGAAUUACCUAGACAAUCUUUUUGACUAUCACAUAACCAACCUAAUGGUAUACAAACAUCAGAGUUUUGACAUGGAUAUCCAUUGUAAACCAUACCAUCUGUAUAACAUUUGACUGUAUUUUUGAUUAUAUCUAAAAAUAUUUAUUUUUUUUAAAUGUUUAAUUAUUGUAGUAGUACAAAUGUAAUAGUUACAAUUUCAGUCAAUAUAACCAUUACCCAAAUUGAUAAUAAAAAAAAUUUAAUUUUAACUAAUAAAAUCUAACAAAUAACUAAAUAACUCUCAAGAAAAAUAUGUUUAAAACAAAUUAUUGGUAUUUAUUUUCAUUCUUUGCGUCAUCCUUGCUUAACUUACAAAUUUAUUAUUUUGAGUUCCAGAUAAAAUAUAAAAUAUAUAUUAUACCAAAAUCUACAUUUACCAAAAAAAAAAAAAUUUGAAUAAUAACUUAUUAUUUUAAUAAUUUAAUAUAAUUCAAUAUAAAAAAUUUUAAAAAGUUUUAGAUAUUUAAAAAUCAAUAAUUUUGAAAAUAAGUUUUAAGUCUUCACCCUCCCCUAACAUAAAACCCACGUAUUUAACUUUUUUAUAGUAACUUUGGUAAUUUAUCUUGUACAGUGUCUUCAAAUUACUAUGGUGUUAAUUGUAAAACAAUUCAUAUUACAUUAUGUUACUGUAAUAUUUAUUUUUAUUUGUAUAUUGUACAUAUAUUUAGUAUUUAAAACAAAUACAUAAUAUUAAAUUAUUUGUUCUUAAUUUCUACCCGUUUAUUUAUUUUAAAAAAUAAAUAAUUAUA